AUGGUUCAAAUCGUUAAUAGCUUAGCAGAAUUCGAAUCUGCAAUUUCUCAAAACGAAAUAGUUAUUGCCGACUUCUUUGCCGAUUGGUGUGGACCUUGCAAAAGAAUAGCUCCAUUUUAUGAAGAGUCAUCAAAAAAAUACACGAAGAUCACUUUUAUAAAAGUAAAUGUGGAUGAAGCUUCUGAAGUUACAGAAAAAGAAAACAUAACUUCGAUGCCAACCUUUAAAGUUUACAAAAAUGGUGUUGCUGUAGAUACAUUGAUGGGGGCUAAUGAGGCCGCUUUGAAACACCUCAUUGAGAAAUAUGCAUCAUAA